AUUGUGUAUUCAACUUUUUCAAAUGUAAAAGGUGUACAUUUGAUUUCUUUAAUAAAUGUCUUUAAUACACUCGUUAUCAAGACCCUGAACGAUUUUGCAAUCACACUAUGUACCCUUAAAUAUAUAUGUGACUCAAAAUGUGUAACAAAAUUAUGCUCAACACAAUUUCAAACUUCACAAUUGCUACUUGCUAGUUCUUAUCAGUUUAACAUGGCUGCUACUACUUCUACUCAAGCAGAGGAGCAUGUGUCCUUGAAACUUCUUUUGAACGAAAAUGGUAACAAAGUCUUGUUUGCAGAAGCAGGGAAGGACUUUGUGGAUAUUCUCUGUAGCUUCUUAACAAUGCCUUUAGGAACCAUUGCGAGAUUGGUAGAGAAGGAAUCUAGCAUAGGGCAAGUUACAGUCGGUUGUCUAAACUCGCUGUAUAAAAGUGUGGCAGAUCUGGAUGAAGGUUGUGUCUCUAACGAGACAAUCAAACAAAUGCUUCUACAACCAAUCAACUCAGCGGAAGAUUAUUGUAACACUCUUAAAAUCAACAUUGACGACACUCAACCAACAAAGUACUUCACAUGUGCCACCUACUCUAUUGGCUGCUUAUAUCGUAAUAUUACCAACUCAACGUAUAAAGAUAAACAUAAAUGUCACUGUGGGAAUUCUUUUACCCAUCCAAUUAUCCUUACACGUCUCCCCCAAGGAUUUGUUAAUGAUGUAGCUACUUUUGUCAUAACUGAUGAUCUCACUAUCAAGCCAAACUGUAUUGACUAUACAAGCUUUAGUCUGUUCGAGGAAUUUGGCAUAAAAAACCCUAGUUCGGUAAAAGAAGUGGUUCUGAAUUUCACCAAAGAAAAGGUACUUGAUCUGCUUAAGUGUUCUUUGCUUUCCAAGUCAACUUUGACAGAUUUGUUCCUAGAGAAGAAACCAUCCCUUGAGAGAUCAAGGUUUAUUUUGUGUGAUGUUGAAAUUAGCGACAAUAUCCAAAUCAAUCUAAAGCUAGUUAUAAGAAAAUCAGAUAACAAGGUACUGUAUGCUCAAGGACAGCAAGAUUUUGCAAACUUACUUUUAAGUUUUCUUACAUUUCCUUUGGGUGGAAUUGUUCGAAUAUUUGGAGAGAAUUGUUCCUUUGGAAGCAUGAAUGGAUUAUACAAGAGUAUAGUUGAUUUGGAUGAAAACCAAUAUUUGACAUCAAUGGAAGCUAAGAACAGGCUUGUUGAUCCUUGCAUUUCCCCACAGUUGAAGUUAAGCAAGUCGAUAUUACCAAUUCUUAAACCUGGUGUUCAUAAAUAUUAUGGUUAUGUUGAAAGUAAUAGUAUUAUUCAUGUUCAAAUUUUCAAAACUGAUGUAGAUAAGACCAUUUGUGCUGGAAGUAUUACGGAACUGAAUUUACGUUAUGGGGUGAAUCCUGGUGAGGAUUAUGUCAAGGGUCCAGCUAUGUAUUUUGCUACAGAUGAUUUGGUUAAUGUAGCACCAUUGACUCCAAUUUCAGCUUUGGGUUUACUUAACCGACUGAAAACUCCUCUUAAUGAUUUGAAGGAAAAAGUUGUCACCAUUGGCACCAAGGAGUGUCUUAGCAUAUUGAAGGCUGCUUUGACUUCAACUUCUGCUCUAACAAAUGGUUUGGCUCACAUGUGAACUGAAGUUAAGGAGGAGAAAUGAAAAGAUCAGUUUACACUUUGUUGUGUGUUAUUUCAAUUCUACAGCAAUUUGUUUUGAGAUCCGAAGUUUGUUAAGUUUUGAAUUUUGAAUGGCAUCGUUUGUUUUCCCUA